GUGCUGUAGUAGUUUCCUGAUAGACGUAAUCGACAUUUCCACUGCUGUUAUCUUUUUUAUUAGCCCUAAUCCACUUUAAUGAAAAUUUAUUCACGAUCUGUUUUGGUGUUGGCACUGCUGCCUCCACUGCCCAUGCUUGUGUCCCACUGGCUGCUGGCAGCCUCUGACUGGAUCCACUCCACUCCUCCACCAGAAGCCAAUAGACACACCUGUACAGUGGAAGACGGCUUCCAACAGAGAGUGGGGCAGGUGUGCCCUUUAAGAGCAGGAGCAGCUGAGGCAAGGACAGCAUCCCAGUCUCCAUCCUCUGUGGAGGUUCUGCAGUUCCCAGGUGUGGUAGAAAAAAAGGGUGGUUGGUCAAAGCUUUCUGGUUUCCAUUCUCCUGCUUUCCACCUGGAAGUACGCUGCAAUGGUUGGUUGUUUUCAAAGGCCUAAAGCUGUCUGAGUAAGCCCUAUGAACAGCAGACCCAAUGGACAUCAAAGGCCAGUGUUGGACAGAUGAGGAGUCGGAUGGAGAAAACGAAUCAGAACAGUUCCUCUAUGGCAUUCAGUGUUGCUUGUUACAGGGGAGUUGUGCUGCUGAUCUGUACCGCCACCCUCAACUGGAUGCAGAUAUAGAGGCAGUAAAAGACAUCUACACUGACAGUGCUAUCUCUGUUAGGGAGUAUGGGACUAUUGAUGACGUGGACAUCGAUCUUCAUAUUAACAUUGGCUUCUUGGAUGAAGAGGUUGCGACAGCUUGGAAAGUUAUCAGAACAGAGCCUAUUAUUCUGAGACUGCGCUUCUCUCUUUCCCAGUAUCUCGACGGACCUGAGCCGUCAGUAGAAGUGUUCCAGCCCUCCAAUAAAGAAGGCUUUAGCCUGGGCCUGCAGCUCAAAAAGAUCCUGAGCACGUUCACCUCACAGCAGUGGAAGCACCUCAGUAAUGAGUUCCUCAAGGCACAGCAGGAGAAGAGGCACAGCUGGUUCAAAGCUGGGGGAACCAUCAAGAAGUUCCGUGCUGGGCUCAGCAUCUUCUCCCCCAUACCCAAAUCUCCAAGUUUUCCUCUGAUCCAGGACACAGUUUUAAAGGGGAAGCUUAGCGUCCCUGAGCUAAGGGUGACACGCUUGAUGAACCGGUCUAUCUCAUGUACCAUGAAGAACCCCAAAGGGGAGCUCUUCAGCUAUCCACCCAACAGCCAGACUGUGGCUGUCCCAGCGGCCAGGGCCCCAGCGCAGAUUACCACGAGGCAGCUGAUUGAAUUGUUUUUCUCAUCCCAGGCGGGCGGACACUGCAAGAACAUCCCUACCUUGGAGUACGGCUUCUUAGUGCAGAUCAUGAAAUAUUCAGAGCAGAGGAUCCCAACGCUCAACGAGUACUGUGUGGUUUGUGACGAACAGCACGUCUUUCAGAAUGGAUCCAUGCUGAAGCCUGCUGUUUGCACCAGGGAGCUUUGUGUGUUCUCCUUCUACACUCUGGGUGUGAUGUCUGGAGCAGCAGAGGAGGUGGCAACUGGAGCAGAGGUGGUGGAUCUACUUGUUGCUAUGUGUCGAGCUGCUCUGGAGUCCCCCCGUAAAAGCAUCAUCUUUGAACCCUACCCAUCUGUCGUUGACCCCAAUGACCCUAAGACUCUGGCAUUCAACCCAAAGAAGAAGAAUUAUGAAAGACUGCAGAAAGCACUGGACAGCGUCAUGUCCAUUCGGGAAAUGACCCAGGGCUCAUAUCUAGAGAUCAAGAAACAGAUGGACAAACUUGACCCUUUGGCCCAUCCCCUGCUUCAGUGGAUUAUUUCCAGUAACAGAUCUCAUAUUGUCAAGCUGCCUCUGAGUAGGCAACUGAAAUUCAUGCACACCUCCCACCAGUUCCUGCUGCUCAGCAGCCCCCCUGCCAAGGAGGCUCGUUUCCGCACUGCCAAGAAGCUCUACGGCAGCACCUUCGCCUUCCAUGGUUCCCAUAUAGAGAACUGGCACUCCGUUCUGAGAAAUGGACUAGUCAAUGCCUCUUAUACCAAACUGCAGCUGCAUGGGGCAGCGUAUGGAAAGGGCAUCUAUCUGAGCCCCAUCUCCAGCAUAUCUUUUGGAUACUCAGGAAUGGGGAAAGGACAGCACCGUAUGCCCACCAAAGAUGAACUGGUGCAGCGCUACAACCGCAUGAACACUAUACCACAGAGCCGCCCAAUACAAUCAAGAUUUCUUCAGAGUCGAAAUCUGAACUGCAUCGCUCUUUGUGAAGUGAUCACAUCCAAGGAUCUGCAGAAACAUGGCAACAUUUGGGUGUGUCCAGUUUCCGACCACGUCUGUACUCGCUUCUUUUUUGUGUAUGAAGAUGGUCAAGUAGGAGAUGCCAACAUCAACACCCAGGAGCCUAAGGUGCAGAAGGAGAUCAUGCGUGUGAUUGGGACCCAGAUCUACUCCAGCUAAUGGAAGUUCUCCAGGAGUCUCUCUGGUGGAGGCACACAGGCGGGCAGACGGUGAAUGUUUGGGUGAGCUGACCUCAGGCCUGUCACUGAUGGCUGAGGGAGCUCUCGAGCACAUUAUUUCUAAUGUUCCGUUUCCCCUAUCUCCUUAUUUCUCUCCUCUGAGUGUCACACGUUACAUUUUCACAGUUUAAAGUGGUAAAAGUUUGUCUCUUUUUUUCCCUUGCUGAAGUCAUUUAUAAAAACCAUAACCCACAGAUGAAGACAGAAGGAAGUUGUCCACACUUAUAAAACACUUUAAAGAGAUAACUUGGCUUUCUCCUUUUUACUGCACCCUUACUUAUCCUUCAGAAGAAUUAUCUCUAGUUAUCAUUUCUCUCUGUGAAUAUCCUCUGAAAACAUUUCCAAGUCAAAAUGACAUCCUUGGUCAGAGACAAGUGUUGGAUUUCCAUGUGUUAAGUUUGUCCUUAUAAUGUUUCUGCAAAGAAAUGAUCCUAUAUUUAUUUGUUUGAUAUUUCUUGACAUGUUGUCUUGGGGGGAAAGUGCUGCUUUAUGUUUUCUUGUUGGAGGUGUGGUUGAAGUCCAGUUAUAUACACUGUAGGCUCUUUGUUUUGGUGGAAUGAUGAAAUGUCCAGAAUCCUGCCAUUAGCAGUGUGAAAUUAAGAUAUUGAUGAUGCACUUUGAAAACUUUAUCCAGAAAGCAACCAGAUACAAACAAAUAGAUUAGCAUAAUGACAGAACUUGAGUGUGAAAAGGCAGAAACAAGGCUCAUGAAACUUAUUUUUAAAGGGCUGCUUUAACUGCCAAUACCACGAGAAUAACACACAAGUCUGACCCUCUUCUGUCCUUUCGGAUACUUUAAGUGAACUGAAAUGAUUUCAUCCAGAUUUUCUUGCCUCUACUGAGUUGAUUUUCAAUCUUCCUAACAUUUGUUUGUGUGUGAGCAUCUGAAUCCUAAAACUGAAGGCUAACUUUGUUUUUUUUUUUUUGUUUUUUUUUGAAGGGAGACAGUAAAAUGAUUUUUCUGUUCUCCUGCAUCAACUACUGUGCUCAUAAGCUUUCUGUUUUUAAUUCUUUGAAGGGGUGCAUGUGUGAAAGCUGGUUUGGUGUCUCUCUGCUGUUUAGUAGUUGACAUUUGAAAACUAAAUUAGACAAAAAGCUUAAACUGGGCAGGUUAAUCUAGUAGGUUCUCUACUUAAAUCCAUCAGCAUCCAAACACUAAAUUGUGUGCAUGUAAUGCAUAAUUUUUCUUUCUGAAAACAAAACAAAAAACUGUUGUUGGGUUUAAACUGGUGGCAUAUCUGUUGUUAAUGUUCACUGUUAAAAAUGACCAACAUAUUUGCUUGAUUGCCAUCAUUUCAGUAAAGCAAUCAUUUUCAUUUAAGUGAUCCUCCUUAAAACUUCCAUUAAAAGCCCAUCCAGAUUUAAGGCCCAGUCUCUUUUACUAGCCUGGUGUUGACACACAUUUUGAUAAAUAAAAGCAGGUCUCAAUUAGAGGCAUUAAGUGCUAAAAUAUGAGGUAUGGCAAUUAAAAAACAAGACUAAUGCUGUAAUACAAUUUAAUUGAACAUAAACAUUUGUCAAUGUCUUUUUGCUUCAAUACACUACCGCUUCUGCACCAACAUGUCAACAUGUUCCUUUGAGCACAGAUUUGAUCUUAGGAAAAAGGAAAAAGUCACUGACAAAGGUCGGUAGAUCAGGUAAAUAUGGAGUGUGAUCAAGCACUGAUUUAUUUUAGGGCCAGAAACUGCCUUACCAAGAGUGCAGUGUGAGCUGGCAGUUGACUUGAUGGAGAAUGAAACCAUUUUUCCACAAUCAUGAUUUCUUUCUUUAAACUUUUUCUCACAGUUUUUCUAGAACUUGUUUUUCAUAGUGUUGGUUCACCAUUGAUCCCUCUGAAACCCACUGCUCCAAAAUGAUACUCUUGAUGUCAAAGAAAACAAUCAACAUGGCCUUGAAUUUGGACUUGCUUUGUCGUGCUUUCUUCAUCCUUGGUGACGAUGAUGUUUCCAAUGCAUUGACUGACAUUUUGUCUCAGGAUCGUAUUGGAAGAUCCAAGUGUCAUUGCAUGUAAUUACUGAAAAUGUGGGUUUCUCUCACUUUGUUCCAAAAUGUGUCCACACAUUUGCUUGCGUUUUUCCUUCAGGGACAACUUCAGUGCACAUUUUUGUCAUGUUCAAGUUUUCAUGCAAAAUUUGCCAAACUUUAUCAAUGGAGGCCAUUUCUGCUGUCGUCCUUACACUGAGAUGUCCAACAUUUCAUAAGGUUUGUUCAAGUUGUUGAAUGUUUCCAGAAGUUUUUGAUGUGCUUGGGUGCCCAGAACGUUCAUCCAUUCAAACCUGUGCACUCGAUAUAGUGUUCCCCAUACACCUCAGUUAAUGUACAAAAAGAUUUGGCUGCUGUAUUGAUUGAUUCAACCAAAAAUGUCAGUUCAUAGCUAAACUUUUAAUCUAAUCAUUUCCCGAUGCCUCAGCAAAAACACAUGCACUUCAAUCCAUUGCUAGCAGUGAACUAAAGACGUCACUUACUGGAGACUCACAGUUGUGUGAAUACCAAACCGUUAAUAUAGAAAACUUGGUGUGACUGUGAACCACAUGGUUAUCCUUAUGAGUGCAGUCUCAUUAUUUAACAGCCAUACCUCGUAGGUUGAAGAACAAAAAAAAGCAGCAAGACACUAAAAUAAAUAUGAACUUCAACAUCUGUCCCAGAAAGACAGAAUAAUGCUAGAACAUUUAACUGCCGUGCAGCAGGUUGGCCUACUAACUUGCAUAGCAAGGUUAAAUUUGUGAUUACCUAAUUUGAUUUGUUAAUCAUUAACACAUUCUUUUUGGUGCAUCAUUACAAUCUUAUAGUCUUUUCCCCCUUUUCUUUGCACAAGUUUUGUUGAAAAAUAAUUACAGGUCCAUCUCAUAUUGAUGCUUCUCUCAAAUAAAGGCAGGGUUAUGUUAUAGACUGGCAUUAAUAAAAGCCUGGGCUAUUAAUUGAAGUUUUAUGGUUUCUCAACAUUUUCUUCACAAUUGUCAUUGGAUUUGCAAUUUACAAAACCUUCUGUACAGAAAAUUCAUGGGCAAUGCAACCAAUUUCUCAUCUGAUCCAGUCGAGGUGAACUCACAUCAAUCCUGCCCCUUCAAAGGACACUGGAUGUUAAAGAUCUGCACCUGUGUGGUUUCACCUUGAAGAAUGACAACCUUGUAUAGCUAAUCAAGUUUAUCAGCUAUUCAUGUACUGUAUGUAUGUACGUAUGUUUGUGUGGGUUUGUAUUUUCUUGACAUUAUACUAGACAUUGCACUUAUUCAAAGUUUGCCUAAGCUGGAGAAAUGGACUGUGCUCGGACCUGCAGUAGACAGGUACUGUUGGAAAAAAAAGGGGAGAAGUAUUUAUGGAGACAACAAGACUAUAAUAUUCAACAUCUUAACCAUGUCUGUACUGAGAUGGGCUUUCAAUAUCUCCUGGGACUAUAAAACGUGACUCCUGAAUGGACUCUGAGGCUCUGAAAGAAAUAAAAACUGUAAAUACGGACACUGGAGACCUGGUUGAAAUGUAUGGCCCAGAAAGACGUGGACAUGUACAGCUUACUCUUUGUGUUGCGGGACUGUGCUAAUAGCUGACGCCUGUUAUUUUAUUUUAUCUUUUGCCAAGAGAUUUGAGCUGCGAGUCUCUUCAAGAAUCUCUUUUCUGGCUGUCUGUGACUGAUGUUUUCAAAGAUGAUGUCAAUGACAAUGAUGGUGAUUACAAUGAAGAUGAUGAUGAUGAUGAUGAUGAAAAGCAAAAAUGCA